AUGGCAGCAAACCUCCUCAUGGAUCUACAGACAGCAGCAUGCAUUUACUUGUGUUUCCUGCUGGGAGUAAAUAGUUGGCAUGAUCUGGACAACACAGAAUUCGAUUGUUGGCCGAUGAGCAGUCCAAAUGAUUCCAACAUGAUCAGCUGUGGUGGUCUGGUAAUGGCUUGGCUCCAGCGUCCUCCAGAAAAGGUGACAAACGGGGAAGAGUUCAAUGUCUCGUACACCGUGACGGCCUCGGAUUCCUUUUAUGACUACACAGUCAGGAACAAGAUUUUCCAGUUCAGUACUGGAUCAGAAGCAAAGAAGUUCUGCCAUGAACACGAGUGUCCAACAAACUGGAACAAUGCAGAUGAAACAAACUGCUGUGUGUAUCAUGCCAACAUCCACUCCUGUCCUCUUGGUCUCAUGAAACAUGGUGGAAUCUGUGGCCCGUGGAUCCCCGAUGAUGGUAAAAUAGUGACUCAUACUGCAUCUCAAGCUGGCAAGAUGACCCAGAAAUACUGGACUUCAAAAGUGGUGCUUAUCCAUGUUGGAGUCACCUCAGUCAUUGCUCAUAUCAAAAUAGGACAGAUGCACGCAGCCCUGGAGGCCAAAGUGCUUGUUGUCAGUGCUCAAGUGUGCGGGGACGAUGUCUGCGAGCUUGAGGAGACCUGUCUCAACUGUCCUGCUGACUGUGGUAUCUGCCCGAUGUCCAUUGCAAUCAAGUUGGCCAUUGGGCUCCCUGUGGCUCUCUUCAUCAGCGGCUUCAUCCUUACCAUGGUGUGGCUCCAGUAUCAGAAACAGAAGAUGUUUUGGGAUGAAAGCUGGAUCAUCAACUACAAGGACAUCAUAUUUGGCAGAGUGUGUUAUAUGGGCGUUGGAAGCACCGCAAGUCCACAGCGCUUCAAGAGUAUCUCAAGCAUCAGUCGAACCACUGAUGUGACCGUGUGUACUGGAAUCAACACUUCCAUCAAACCUGGUUUCAUCCAGCCAGGGAUCUAUGAUGGGAGGACGGUAGCAGUGAAACACAUCCAGAAUAAGCAUUUCACCCUCUCUAAAAACAUCAGGAAGGAGGUGAAGGAAGUAAGACAACUAGACCAUCCAAAUCUGUGCAAAUUCAUUGGUGGUUCUGUGGAGGUCCCUUAUGUCAGCAUCAUCACAGAGCACUGCCCCAAAGGAAGCCUGUCCGACGUCCUGCUCAAUGAUGAAAUCCCCAUCAACUGGGGCUUCAGACUGUCUUUUGCAACUGAUAUUGCCCGAGGGAUGUCUUACCUCCAUCAGCACAAAGUGUUUCAUGGGAGACUUCACUCUAGAAACUGUGUCAUUGAUGACCGCUGGGUGUGCAAAAUCUCAGAUCAUGGGCUCACAGCCUACAGAAGGGAGGACUUUGAUGUUGUAAGUAAUGGCUUCAAUUGUGGGGAUGUAAAUCGUAUAUACUGUGCCCCAGAGGUCUUGCUGGGCAGCAGCUCCAAUAUGACUCCAGCAGCAGAUAUCUACAGCUACUCCAUGAUUCUGGUUGAGAUUGCAACUCGCUCUGACCUAAUUUCAGACCAGGCUGAGGGAGUGAGGAUGGAUGUCAUGUGGCGCCCUCCUCUGCCUGAACUCAAAGCAGGGAAGGCCGAUACUGACUGUCCCAGUCAGGGAGACUACUGUGAGCUUAUUAAGAAGUGCUGGAGUCAUAACGUCACCAUGAGACCAACGUUUGAGCAGGUGAAGAAGAUGCUUGACAAAAUGAACCCACACAAAGUCAGCCCAGUGGACAUGAUGAUGAACCUGAUGGAGAAGUACAGCAAACAUCUGGAGGCCAUAGUCGCUGAGAGAACACAGGACCUUCUUCAAGAGAAACAGAAGACCGAUCGAUUGUUAUACAGUAUGUUACCCAAACCUGUGGCUGAUGACCUCAGACAAGGCAGAACAGCAGAAGCUCAGAGCUACUCCAACGCCACUGUCUACUUCAGUGAUAUUGUUGGCUUUACUCAGCUCUCUGGUGCCAGCACUCCCUACCAGGUUGUGAACUUCCUCAACCAGCUCUACACCACCUUUGAUGACAUUAUUGACAAUUACGACGUCUACAAGGUUGAAACAAUAGGCGAUGCUUACAUGGUGGUCUCAGGGGUUCCUCAAGAAAAUGGCAUCAACCAUGCAGGGGAGAUAGCCAGCAUGGCUCUUGAUUUGGUCAAUGUGUGCCACAGUUUCAAGAUCCCACACAAACCCAACACACAGCUGAAAAUACGAGCUGGCAUCCAUUCAGGACCUGUGGUGGCAGGUGUGGUUGGCACCAAGAUGCCUCGCUACUGUCUAUUUGGGGACACUGUCAACACGGCGUCACGAAUGGAAUCAACCAGUGAAGCCCUGAAGAUCCAAGUGAGCGGUGCCACAGCUGACUUGCUGCAUACACUCAGAGGUUACGUUCUGACAUGCAGAGGAACUCUUAAUGUGAAGGGAAAAGGGGACAUGACAACAUGGUGGCUGGAAUCAAAAAGAGAGGACCAGACUGACCCACUGCUCAGAACAUCUGAGUCCAGAGAAGUUCCAGUGCCAGUUAGUGAUUAGACAUGAGUACUUUCUGAAAUGUGACAAUAAUUGUACAAUAUGAAGCCUGGUCAGCCUCUGUGUUGUUCAGUUAAAAUGUUACCAGUGAGUUAUACAAUAGGCUUAAAUGUACUUCUACACUGAUAUGAUGAAAAGAUAGUUCUUCAUGGAUUUAAAUGUAAAAAUGUAAACCAGAAAAUUGUUAGCUGUAAACUGUUCAAAAGUGUUUGUUGUUAUCAUGGUUCCAUUGUUGUUACCAGAAGAGAUGAUAACAGGAUUGCAAAAUCAAUCAUUUUGUGACAUGAUUGUGAAGGACCCAGUCACCUUUAUCGAUUAUAGUUUGUUAGUUUGGGGAAGUUUGUAAAAAAAAAAAAAAAAGAUAUGCAGAGAAACCUGCCAGAGUUGAAAAAUACUCUUUUAGUCUAAUUAUUUUCUCUCACAAUUGUAUUUUUUUUAACUUUAUAACCUGAUGCACUUUUGUUUUAUCAGAUAAAUUAAGAGAAGAUAACCACUGCCUGAAUAUUAAGGUACUCCGUCACAGGAAGUACAUUUAGAAUUUAAAGGUACCAAACUUAAUUGUAUUCAUUAAAUCUCAAACAGCUUGACUUAAAACUGGUUUUGAACAAGGAGAAGGACUGUAGCACAGGAACAACAGCCCAGGUGUUAUAGAAAGCAUAUAUGUAUAUAGAAAACAUGUUAACUUGAAACUUCAACACCUUUUCUUCUGUCAUAUUCUCUGUAUUCUAAAAGUGUUUGACUUGCAUAGUGAAGUAGGCUCUGGUUUCCUUAAAAUAAAAAUAGGCUGCACACUAGCCAAAUUAACUCAUUUAUUUUUAAUAAGAUUGUGCAGUUAUCUGUUGUAUUUUUGUGAGGUCUUACUGUGCAGUGUGAUUUCUAACACAAUCUUGUAUUUGUGUCAAUGCAUUAAAGUUAUUUUAAGUAAGGCACAGAGGCCUAUUUUUGCAUACAAGUGUGUAUUUGUCUGGUUACAAGUGAAGUUAAUAGUAAAGAGGUACAGUGCUUCACCUUCCCUGUUUGAAUUAAUGUUCUACUUUCUGA